GAUCGUUUUUUGUGAUGAAAAACAAAAUCAUUUGUAGUGAAGGUGGAAGUGCCACGUAGGGAUGAACAAAAACAAACGACUUGUUCCUUCACCUUCCUUCCAUCACUAAAUAAUUUUCUUCUACAUUGGCCAAAAUAUGCAAAUGGCUUUGAGAUUAGCAGCAGCCAGUCCUGUUGUAAGACGAACCAAUAUCUCUCUCUUGCUCUCAUCGCUUCCUCCUUAUCUCACUACCAAAUCCCCCUCUUCUUCCUCAAUAUUUCUCCCUAAUCCACCCUUUCUUCCACUCAAUCAAAAUGGGCCAAGAUAUUUGAUUCGGGCAAUAAGUGGAACAACAGUGGAUCCUGUGACAUCCAAGAAGGAGGAUGCUAAUGAUGACAAAUCUCCUGAAAACUGGAAAAUUAAGAUGCUUUACGAUGGAGAAUGUCCCUUAUGCAUGCGUGAGGUUGACAUGCUAAGAGAAAGGAAUAAAAGUUAUGGUACUAUUAAAUUCCUCGACAUAAGUUCAGAUGAAUACCGCCCUGAGGAGAACCAAGGCCUCGAUUACGAGACGGUUAUGGGAAGAAUACAUGCUAUACUAUCAGAUGGAACUGUGGUUACAGAUGUUGAGGCGUUUAGACGGCUCUAUGAAGCAGUUGGUUUGGGGUGGGUGUAUGCCAUAACAAAAUAUGAACCCAUUGCAACUAUUGCUGAUACUGUGUAUGGAGUCUGGGCAAAAUAUCGUCUUCAAAUAACAGGUCGACCAUCUUUAGAGGAAGUUCUGGAGGCACGAAGGAAGAAGGAGGAAAUGUGUAAGGACAGCAAGGCUUGCAAAAUGUAGGAGCCGGAGCCAGAAGGUGUUCACCAAUAGAGUCAGAUCUACUACUACAUUCUUGCUGAGGCUUAUACGGUGUACAAAUGUGAAAGACCUACAGUUGCUUUAGUGGUUUUAUCAAUUAAUACAGAAUUGUAUGCAGAAAAUUGGUUUUCUAUUGUUCGAUCUAUCUCAAGAAUAUAGCAUAUACUAGAGUAUACAGAAAGUAUCCAAUAGUUAGUCAAGUGGUGUCCUAAAAUACAUUUUGUUUCUCUGAAUUUAUUCAAUAAUAAGUGCGGAGUUCCAUUUUCCA